AUGACGGACAAUCGCUCGCUUAGGAAAACGGAUUCAAGUGUGUCAUCGGAAAUCAGUGACGAAGAUGCAAGAACACGUGGAAGCAAAUCGAAGGGGAAGAGUAGCGGGGAAAAUGACAAAGGAAGCAGUCAAAGCAAACGAAACACCAAUACCUCGUUGGAUAGCAAUGGCGAAUCCGAAGAUGAAGAAAUCGACAGAUUGCAGAAGAUUAUACGAGACCAAGCCAAAGAACUCAAUGAAGAAAAACUGGCUUCGAGAAAGCUGAGGCAAAUGGUGAAGCAACUGAAAAGAGAGACGAAGCAACUACAGGAUGACAAAUUAAAGAAACAAGGUGAACCACAACAGUCUAACAAUUCAGACUCGGAUAACCCACCAUGGGAACGUCGAAAAUUAGAAGUUCGAUUGGCUGAAUUCGAAAAAGUUGUUCGUGAAAAAAACGAUCACAUAGAACAACUUUUGGGGGAUUGCAGAAAAAUGGAACAGGAAAACCAGCAAUGUAACAGUCAAAUUCAGGAACUAACUCAACAGUUUAACGAAUGCACUCAGCAGCUUCAGAUAGCCACGCGCAACUAUGAAACUCUCGAGGCAACGUUCAAAGAACGCACGAGUCAACUUGAGAUAGAAAAUGAUAAAACUCGAAUCCAACUCGGAGAAUGUCAAUGGCAAAAGGACAAAACUGAAGAGAAUUUGGACAAGUUAACUGAAGCUGUAGAUGUCACCAUCAAUAAAUGCAAAGUAAUUUGUAUAUUUCUAAUCCAUGACUGAAAUGUACUAAAUGCAUUCUUAUUGCAGGAAAUUAUCGAUAGUAAACAGAAAACGAUCGAAACGCUUCAAGCCAAGCUUGAAAUUUAUAGAUCUUCAGGCCUAUCAAAUAGAGAAAAGGAAAUCGAACGACUAAGGUCUGAAUUGGCCACGGCCUCGAAAGAGAUAGAAGAAAGUGCCCGUCUGAUGGAGCGAUUUCAGGGCCUGCAUCUAAGCGACGGUGCGAAAGCCAUUACGAGCGGGGUGAAAAGGAAACUCAAAGAAUUAGAAACCCUGAAAACUACGCUGAAGGAGAACGACCGACUUCUAUUAGAACGGGAAGAACAAGUGGCUGAGCUCAUCAGAAUCGUUCAUCGUUACGAAUCAGGGACGUAUGGACUAGCUGAAGCCACAAAAGAAUUGAAAGAAACCCGCGAACAAUUGAAAAUCCGUGACGACCACAUCGAACGCCUUAUCGAACAGCUCAAUACGUUAGAAGAACGAGUGGAAGAACGUCGCUUUGGAAAACAGUCGGAUCUCAGGGAAAAGUACAAUGUAGACCCGAAAGUGUUUGAUCUUCCUCUAAAGAGGAUGACGCUAAAUCAACAACGAGAUGCAUAUCAGCAAGAAAUUCAGCAAUUGAAAGAAGAAAACAUGCAAUUAGGAUUAGAGAACCGAAGUUUUAAACGUGCCCUACUGCGAGGAGGUGAGCGUCAGCCACCUGAUGUUCUUUCGACUCCAGUUUCCCAACCCAACGAUAAGCUUCUACUCGACUAUCAAAAGGCUUGUUCAGAAGUGAUUGUGUUAAGGAAAGGAUUAAUCGAGAUUUUACAUUCGGUUCGUCAACAAGAUGGUAGCAGUGAUGUUAAAAUUGAAUCGCCCAUACUGGAACGACUAGUGACGGUACUGAACAGCGAAAAGCUAUUCGGCCAUUACGACGCCUAUGCCGACAUUAUGAAUGAAAAUAGCCGACUCUACGGCGAGAACAAAUUGUUGAGAGAAAGAGUUCGUGAAAUGAAAUCUGCUACUUUUAUUACCGUCGAACAUCCACCGCCAGUUCGGUCAUCACCGACGCAUUCAAGUCGCCCUAGCAGUGCUGAAAAAAUAUUGAAAUCCGAUAAAGAUAUUCAAGUUUCGGUGAAAGUAGUCGACUCUGGAUGCGAUCCCCACUUUGUCGAGGAUGUUCCUCAGCCGAUUGUGGAAGUUCAUCGGCCUCCAUCGCCCAAACAAGCGCAAGAGACUGUUGUACUACAACAGGCUGUGGCUGAAACUCCGUGCGAAUUGACCGGCCAAUUGGAGCGAUAUCAGCAGAAACUCUGUGAUCUUGAAUUAGAGUUGGACAAGGUCAAACAUGAGUUAACUAACGUGACGGAGAAGCAUAAGGCAUCCGUCAUCAAUUGGCAACAUCGUGAAAUUGAUUGGAUGAAUCAAAUUGCUCAAAACGGGACCAAAAUCGAAGAACUAGAACAGGAUUUACUGUCCAAAAACAAAUUAAUAGUUGAAAUGCAAUCCGCAAACGAUGCCUCAAUUCGCGAAUCGACAAACAGCGAACCAAUGGAUGAAAUCAAAAUUAGGAUGGAAAAAGAAAUAGUGACCUUAAAGAUCCGGUUGGAUCACAAGGAACAGACGUUGAGACGUUCUCAAGAAUUUCUCGACGAAAUGCGUCUGGAACAGCUCAAAAUGAUUGAAGAUCACAGUCAAGAGAUUUUGAACCUCCAGGACACUAUUCUGGAACAACAACGAGCGUUACACAGGGUUGAACAGACGCAAAGGGAAGUCGCUGCUUCUGCAGCUUCCAGCCGAGCUGUGGUGCGCCACUUGGAGACGGAAGCAGAUUCCAGUCAUCAGCUGCAUUCUCAGAUUUCUGACAUAUCGGGUCAGCUGGAAACUGUUCGCAAACAGGCCGCUCAAUGGAAGCAAGCGGCCGAAAUUCUCAGCAAGGAGAAACAAUCGUUAAAAGAAAGUUUAAUGAUUGACCAUAAAUUAGUGGUCGACCAGUUGAAAUCGCAAUGGGAGGCGAGUCAAUUAGAAUUGAAAGAGCAACGUGAAAAAGUGUCCGAUUUAACGCGUCAGCUGAACGAAGAACGUUUCGACAAACAACGGAGUACUUUGCUUCAAGUGUUGGUGGCAAAACUCAAGACGGAAUUGGACAAGAAAGAAAAGCAAAUGGAUUUCCUGAAACAGCUGGCGGAAGACAUGCACAGCCGUCUCGAGUGCGCCGUGAAUCCUCCGCCAUUAGUUACCAGCACUCCAGUUCCGACGCCCAUCACGAUCCGGUUACCCAGUCCAGCCCUGAUUGAAACUAAUCCCUCUAAAAGAGAAACAGGGUCUAAUAAUAGUACCGCAAGUUUAGCCGAUUUGGAAUUGCAACACAGUCAACUACGGAGGACGUCUGAAGCCCAGCGGAAGCAAUUGGAUUUGUUACGGAAUCAGUUGAAAGAUCAAUCAUCUUUGGUUGAGAAAUUGCAGACGGAAAAAGGCAAUCUGAGUCGACAGAUGGUGUCACUGCGAACCCGGGUAACCCGAAUGUCGGGCGAAAAAGCGGCCGCUCAAUGCUUGCCGGAUGAGGGAGUCUGUCGUCUGCUGAAACGCAUCAAAGAACUGGAAGGACAGCUGACCAUGUUCCACACGGCUGAGAGACCGACAGCAGAAGAUCCACAGAAUUUGAUGGUCAGAAAUUUAGCAAUGGAUCAAUGGAAGGAGCGCAAGAAACUGCAGACUGUCAUUGACCAUUUAAAAUUGAAAGUAAAAGAUCUGCAGGAUCGUAUCCAAGAAGAUGAGCGGCAAAAUGACGGCCUUCGUAAAACAGUCAACCGUUUAGUGAAUGAAAAACGCGUCCUCGAAGAUAAAUUGAAAUUCAAAGCGAAUGAUAACGAACGCAUUCAUCGUCUGGUAGAGGAAAAUACUCAAUGGCGUAUCCGCUUCGAAGGAUUGGAACAUCAGCUGAGAGAGUUGUCUGAAGAACAAACGGAUACGAAUCGUCAUCGAUUACAAAUCUCCGUGUUGCAAGAACGGAUCAGAAAACAGGAGCAGCAAAUAGCCGAAAUGAAAUUAAAACCGGUUGUGGAAUCAACGUCCAAUCAGUCGGCUGAGCUGAGCGAAGACGUCAUCGCUAAAAUUAGUUACGUCAAAACCAUCGAGAUAAAAUUACGAGAAAACAUUCAACGUCUAGUCAAUUUGGUACAAGUACCGAGACGAUCGAACGGAGAGAAACGCAUCAGCUUUCAGGAUGGUCCGCCGAUGGCAGACAUCCGACGAACAGUCAAAACGUUACACCAACUCGUCUGCCAAUUGAAUGAUGACGAUGUUGGUUGAAACGCCGCCCCUUCCGUCACAACACACUUUCUAUUCUCCCUUUCCCACCCGUCUUGUUCUUUCUCUUCGCGGAAAUAAGAAAAUAUAUUUAUAUAAAUAUA